AUGACGUCUGUUUCAAAUGCCAUUAUAAAGCGACGUCUCCGUGCACCCGUGUCUGAGGAUAAAGUUCGGUCCAUUCUGGGCGACACUCUCAGCAACAGUCUUUCACCAGGCAGCAAAAGAACGUCUGAGAGUUUGGAUAAGCUCACAGACUUGGUUGUAGAGGAGGUGACGGAGACUGUCAACUCCACCUUGUCUUCAAGCUCCAUCUGUGUGAGCUCUGACAAGCCUAUACCAACCCGCCUCAUUAGCCCCGCUAAAGUCGAGAAGAUGAUCUGUUAUGCCUGCGAGUCGUUAAAGACAGACGAACGAAUCAAACAAUUGCUCAAGUGUCAACCGCGCAAGCAAAGUCGGGCCAUUUCCUCAGAGGAACAGGACAAUUCAGAUGAUCCCAUUCUGGUGUCUAGGACUUCUUCAAGCUCCUCCUCUUCACGAUUUAGCUCCAAGUCAGGUAGUUCCUCAGAGGGAGGUUCAACAACAAGCAGUGUAGACAGUGUGAAGAGGCUUGUCCAGGAAACAAUCAACAAUAGUUUGACUGACAUCACAGACUUCUUUAAUGUGUUUAAUGACAGCCUCUCUCUCAAUACAUCGUUUUCUCCAGAGAUUGAUUUGGCUUUAGAUGAAAUAAUUGAGUCAAUCAGUGAGGAAGGCACACAUGGAAAUGAAUCUCCAGACACAAACUUCUCAAUCGCUAAAGGAAUGAGAAAGAUCAAUAGGCUUUUCAUAAAGACUUUUGCCACAGCAGGGACGCUCCAAAUCCUGUCACAGGUCGCGAAAAAAUUCAAUGAGAAUCCCAAAGUCACUAGCAGGAAGGCGAUACAGUCAUUGAUUGCUAGUAUUGACGCUGUGCUUCUGGAGAAGGAGAAGCCAGGAGCGGCAGCAGCAGCAGCAGUGACCGGCGGCAUGAUGCGGAUCUCCCUGCUGGUUCUGGCCCUCGCCGCGGUCUGCGACGGCAUCCUCCCCGAGAUCGUAUACCCAGCAGUAGACCACAUCCUGGAGGAUCACCAGGUCCCAGGACUAACGGAACCGGGCCGGGCGCUGGUGGAGGUGGAGCAGCUGCAGGAGGCUCCGCAGAGAAACCCCCAGGAUGCGACUCACCCAAAAGACGUCGACAGUGUGAGCCCCGAUCCCAGUAACCUUCCUCCAGAUCAUCACAAUGAAUCCGCUUCUGAUAAAGUGAUUGAUGAUGAAUCCGUCCACACAUCAUCGGUGGACCUGGAGAACCACAACGUGACCACCACAACCAUCCCAGACAGUGAACUGGGCAACACCAUCGAUCAUGGAUGCAUCAGUGAUGAGGACUGUGGGAAGGGAAGGUAUUGCUUUAAUGUCAUGCACGGCUCCAAGUGUUUGCCUUGCAAAGCAACCGAUGUGUCGUGCACUAAAGACGAGGAGUGCUGUGCUGAUGAGCUGUGUGUGUGGGGUCAGUGCAGCCCGAAUGUGACCAAAGGAGACGCUGGCAGCACUUGUCAGUACCAGACGGACUGCAGCCCAGACCUCUGCUGUGCUUUCCAUAAAGCCCUGCUCUUCCCUGUAUGCUUGGCCAAGCCCAUUGAGCGUGAGCGCUGCUUCGCUGCCUCCAACCACCUGGCGGAGCUGUUGUCCUGGGACAGUCAGGACAAGGGACCACGGAAACACUGCCCCUGUUUAGGAGAUCUCCACUGCCAGCAACUGGGGAGAGGGUCCAUGUGUCUGAAAGGAGAAGACUCUAGUGAAGAGGACAUGGCAGACACACUAUACUCAGAGAUAGACUACAUCAUCUAGACACAGCUUCAUUUGAUUCACACUGCCUUGGCAACAACUAGACUGAGAUCUCCUACACCUUAGAGCUUUGCACUUUCUGUUAUCAAGCUCAAUCCAAAGUCAAAAAGUAAUACAGCACUGAAAGUAGAGAAAAACAUAUUUGAUUUGCUGUAAUUAAGACCUGAAGUUAAUAAUUCUGGUGUUCACGGUGAAAAUGUAGAUAUAAAAGUCUCUAAGAAAAAGACAGGAAACUGUGUCAAUAAUAAACACCGGUUUCUUCUAUUUACUGCAAUUCUAUAUUUGAUCAUUACACUAAAUUGAUGCACAUUGAUGAUAACUGUAACACUGAUUACAUGGAGAUCAUUCACCUCAUUGUUUCACCUGCAUGAAGCUUCAGUGCAACAUGUGUAAUUUCUAAUCUGUUGAAAGGAAUCUGUCAACACUAGGCUGCAGCGGCAAGUGACGACAGCAGUUUGUCUUUUUGUCAUGAAGGAACUUUGCCCUCUUAUUUUUCAGCAUAAAUCUAAU